AUGAGACUGGAGUUUCAAUCAACCAUUGAAAGUUUUAUAUUUCACCCACCUCUUCUGGUUCAUUCAUCUUUAUCACAACUACGUUACUUAAUAUUAAGUGAAGGUCUACCUGUGGAAUCAGCAAAAAAAUUGAGAAGAUUGCGUUGUUAUAUAUGGUCUAUCCUGUCAAGAACUUCAAUGGAUAAUUGUACUAAUGAGUACAUAGAGUUGUUGAAAUUAGGUGCCCCUCAGUCCCCAAUAUAUGAUAAAAUUAAAAAUGAUACAGGCAGGACUUUUCAAACAGAUCAGUCGUUUAAAGAAAUUGUAUCAGAGGAAGCUCUAAUACGUUGUUUAUCAUGUUUUGCUUGGCAAACACAAGAAACAGAAAAUAGAUUCAAAAUUACUACAUAUGUGCAAGGCAUGAAUAUUCUUCUAGCUCCUCUAUUGUAUACGUGUCCCUCAGAACCUAUGGCUUUUAGAUUAUUUUCAACAUUAUGUUAUUCUUUGGUGCCUACAUAUAUUACAAAUAAUCUAGUUGGUGUAGCUAAUGGUGCUAAAUUAUUGGAUAUUUGUUUGAAAUUAAUUGACCCAAAACUAAGUAAAUUUCUAGGUGACAAUUUGCUGACGGCUGAAAUAUAUGGGAUGCCAUCUAUUUUAACUUUAUCAAGUUGUAAUAAACCUUUGGAUCAAGUGUGUAAACUAUGGGACUUUAUGUUUGCUUAUGGUUUCCAUAUGAACAUAUUAUUUAUAAUCGGUAUGUUAGUAAAGAUAAGAAAGAAAAUCUUUAAAGCAGAUUCACCUAUGAAUCUUUUAAAGGAUUUGCCAGAAUUUGAUGCUAAUGAAAUUAUUAGAGUGGGUAUAGGGUUUUUACCUAAGAUUCCCUCCAAUGUCUAUUCCAUGUUAGUUGAACAUUUGACAAAUCCUGAUCUAUCUAUAAGUUAA